AUGGAGGAAUUUCAGUAUGUUGACGUCUGGCAGAUAGAUGAGAGCGUGCCUUCGAGACCUGAGUGCUUGGGACCUACUUUCCACUUGAAACCUCACUGUCCAAUAUGUGAUUCUUGCUACAGUGACUUAUAUUGCAGUGCCUGCGUUCGUUCUGGUGCUUACUCAGUUGUCACCAAAUCGAAGGAAGAACUGAGGCAAGUGGUUCUUACCUAAGCAUAUUGUUGCCUCAGCUCGUCCGAUCUUUUUAAGAGGUUGCAGUCGACCAGUCAAAAAAUUCAGCGUUUGUCAAUGGAGUACGUACCUCCCUUGAGCUAUUUUUCAUGACUCUUGUAGGAUUCAAAGACACCCCUGCUUUCAUGGGGCGCCCAAUGACUCAACAGAGGUAAGGUUUUACUUUAUUAAUUCCCAGACCUCCUCGACUUUAAGUAUGAUCGAAUCCACGAAGCAUAUGUUGAGUAGCCUCAAAAGCUCGGUGGAAGAUAGUGAGUUGGCAUCCUUUUCUCCUAAAACUCCACUAGAACACCGAAAGCUAUCAGCGAUCCGGUCACAUAUUAAGAAAUGUCAAAAGGCCAUAGACGAACUUUCUCGAACACAAACUAAUUUAUCACGACACAUGCACGCCAUACGCGAGAGGAUUUCAGCCAAAGGCGUUGAAAUCGUUGAUGUUAACAAACAGCUUCACAUCAUUCGGAGCGAACGGGUUAAAGAAUUGUUGCUGUAUUAUUUCCCCAUCAACAUUUCGGUGAGUUUUCCCCGCAGCUUUGUAGUUUUUUUGCCAUCUCUCUCCGUCCCACUGCCCUGUUUACACUGACCGAAGAUCCUCUGGACUUUUUCUACUAGCAUUUACUGACCUAAUUUACCCGCACGACGUCAACUUACAAUCUGGAUAUUUACUUCAUGUCCUGAUUUGGCCUUCUAGGAUAUCUUUCUCUUGUUAGAGUAUGGUCGAUCGUGCCGACACAAUUGCCGGAGUCCCACUCAACAUUGAUAAAACAAAUAAUUUGUCAGGUAAGAGAUUGCUCGUUCAGCUUGUGGCUUGUAUCCAUUUUGUCGUUUUCUGUUCAUCCACGCAAUCAGUGUAAUCAAAUCGGAUGUACUUUAGGUCCCGAACCCACCACUUCUAGUCAUGUGGCACUGGCACAUGCCGUAGUAGCAGCUCGGACAGUUGCAAAACUUUUUGAUGUGUGGCUCCCACCGGCAACCCGCAAACUGCUGUGCCUCGAAAAUGUGUUUUCUGGCGACUUUGCCCUUCGAGAUAAUUUAGCCCAUGCUUAUUUGACCGUCACACGUGCAGUCCAAAUGAUCUGUGCGGUCUGUGGCCUUACUUGUCUCCCAGCGGACAAAUUAUCCUGGCUUGGGCUGUCUCCGGAUGAACCUCGGGUUGGCACUGUCGGUUUUAUGAAGCCUCUAACGGGUCUUUACGUACUCUGUCAGGCGAUGCAAAAAUUGGCCUUUAUCGGGUAAUCUAAUGUUUUCUUUAGCGUAUUCUUCAAUCAUUUUCUGCUACCUCGCUGUUCGCUUUAUUCGGUGGUCCGUGUAUUUUGUUUUAUCUUUUAGGAAAUUCUUCGAUGAACCCUUCUUCUUGGGACCAGAUACUUAUGAAGGUUUCAAUGUAUUUGAAGAUAUUAGGUCUAUGUCACUGAGCACAAAACAACGUCAGGGCAGAUCUGCCGAAAGCCCUUGCCAGAAGGGUUCUCCUGAGGCUGCUACCUCCCACAACGACUCGGGUUCCCGCCGGAAAUUUCCCGAUCAAGUUAUCCAGUCAGGAGUCGAGUCUGACGAAGAUGUCAAGUCUGACGGCGCCCAUUCCACUUCCCUUGACUGGGAAUUUGUAGACAGCGAUCAGUAUUGGGAACCUUCGGAUGAAUCUUGA